ACAGACUCUGGCCCCCCCACCCGAGACCACAGGCCCCCAGGCAGGCAGUUGUGGGUGGGAAGGUGUGAUUUCGGUCCCCAGACCUCCCAGGGUGGGGACUGGGUGGUGGGCAGGUGGGAGCAGCCCAGGUGCCAGCCGCCCGUCUGGGGCUCGUUUCCAGGAAUCCUGGGCCGCCUCGUGCUCCCCCACCCCGGCCCGAGAACGUGCUUCCUGUGGCCCCUUCACAGGUCUGCCCACCGGUGGGGCCCAAGCUCAAGGGCAGGAACCUAGCACCGGGCAGCAGUGAGCGGAGCCUGGUGCCACCUGCUGGCCCUGCUGCCACCAGGGCGGGCCCUGACCCCAGGAAGAGCCGACCCGCCCCCUGUGGACGGGCUGCGCAGGGAGCUUCCCCAACAAGAAAGGGGCAGGAACUGGAGGACAGGUGGGCACCACAGCCCUCCCUCCUCCCUCCCUGUUCGGGGCACUGACCGCAGCCCCAGCUCCGCACGGAGCCCUUGGGGAGGCCCCAGGGCUGUCCAGGCGGGCGCGAUGGAGGACCGCCCCGUGCCGCCUCCAGCCGCCACAAAGGGGCUCUCGGCCGCCUGCUGGUCACCUGCCUCGGCGACUAACGCCUGGGCCACGGCCCGGGUGACGGGAAGAGAGGACGGAGGCGGAAGCGAACCGGCGAGAAGCCCCCCUGCUCGGCAAGGCUGGGGCCGCGGGAGCGAGGAAGGCUCACGGGCUGAGGCCCCGGGCGCACCUUCCCGGGCGAGGGCUCGGAGCAGAGCACCCGGAGGCUGGGCCGCCUUUGCCGGGUGCAGAGCAGGACAGGCGGCCGCUCCCCGUCGCCGGGGGCGCUGAGGUUUGAGGGGUGAGGCGAAGGAAGCGCGGGUGGCGCCCCAACACCAGGCCGAGCUGCAGCGGGGCCUCGGCUCCGGGGAGACGGAAGCGCAGGGAGCAGCCAGGGGCGUCCGGGGCUGUGCGGACCUGCGCUCCACGCCUAGCAGUUCAGGCAAAGUCCCGCCGAGUCCCCACCGUCAGGGCGAACCGGGGCGCGGGCCCGGCUCCCCUCGGCGCCCCCGGUACUGGGUCCUCGACUGCGGAGGCGGGGCUUGGGGUCGCUGUGCCUCACCCCAGCCGCCGGGAGGGGAGCAGCGAGGGCCGCACAGGCUGGGGUCGCGGCUUGGUUCUGGGGAUGCACCCGCCCUAAGAGGGUGCCUCCUGACCCGGACCCCACGCCCCCUCUCUCACCUUCCGGAAGCAGGCGCUGGUUCCCUCCAUGACCGCCACCGCCGCGUGCGCUCCUCGGAGCCCCGCCCUCUCGCUCCCAGCCAAUGAGCUGUAAGCGCGCCCCACUUUAGCCCCACCCAUACUCAUCUAGCCAAUCAUACCUGAGCGCGCCCUCCUAAGCCCCGCCCUCGUCCCCUCCCAUUGGCUCGGAGCGCGUUGCCUCGACUUCGGGCUGGCGUCCCAGCGCGCGCCCGCCCCUUCUCCCUCAUUGGCCAGUGAUGGGCACCCUUUCUCCGCAAAGCCUUUUGGGAGUUGUAGUUCCUCCAGCCGUUCCCGGCGCACCCUGCUCUUCCUGGAUACAGAGGCGCCGCGGGGGCCGCGCAGUGCGCGGCGCCAAGUCUGGGGUCCCGGGUACGGGUGACGCCCGGCCCGGCCCUGCUACGGGGGCGCCCGGACCCGAGGCCCCGCUCCGGCCGCAUGCCACCUCUGCCCAUCUGGGGCCCCCCACCUGUAGAGCCCAUUCGUUGUACCCCUGGGAGCUGGCCCUGACUCUGAAGACGGUGGGGCCUGGCUCCCGCGGCGCGCGGAGGCGCCCCGCCGGCUGCCCGGGGACAUGGAGGAGUUCCUGCGCUCCUACAGCCGGCUGUGCAGGGAACGGGGCGCCGAGCCCCAGGAGACCGUGCUGCAGCGACUACACGAGCUGCCGCGGGGCCGGCUGGACCUGGCCACGCAGAGCCUGACCCUGGACACCUGCCGGGCGCUGGGCGCGCUGCUGCCCAAGGAGGCCCAGCUGACGGAGUUGGUCCUGAGCGACUGCAUGCUGAGCGAGGAAGGGGCCACACUGCUGCUCCAGGGGCUGUGUGCCAACACCAUCCUACGGCUCCUGGAUCUGAAGGGCAACAACCUUCAGGCCAAAGGGGCUGAGGCUCUGGGCAAACUCCUCCGACAGAACAAGUCCAUUCAGAGCCUCACCCUGGAGUGGAACAACCUGGGUGCCUGGGAAGAUGCCUUCGCCACCUUCUGCCGGGCGCUGGCGGGCAACCUCACCCUGCGGCAGCUGGACCUUCGCAACAACCAGAUCAGCCACCAGGGCGCGGAGGAGCUGGCCCUGGCCCUGAAGGGCAACACCAGCCUCCAGCAGCUGGACCUGCGCUGGAAUAACAUCGGCCUCCUGGGCGGCCGGGCCCUGGUGAGCUGUCUCCCCAGCAACAGAACCCUGUGGAGGCUGGAGCUGGCCGGGAACAACGUCCCCAGCGAUGUCCUCAGAGCCGUGGAACAAGCCAUGGACCACAACCAGGACCGGGAGGCCACCGUCCGGGAGAACCGGGCCCGCACCCGCGUGCUCAGCAAGGAGGUGCGGCACCUGCGGGAAGAGAAGUCCAAGCAGUUUCUGGACUUGAUGCAGACCAUCGAUAAGCAGCGGGAGGAGAUGGCCAAGAGCAGCCGGGCGUCGGCAGCGCGCGUGGGACAGCUUCAGGAGGCCCUGGAUGAGAGGCACUCCAUCAUCAACGCCCUCAAGGCCAAGCUGCAGAUGACCGAGGCCGCCCUGGCACUGUGGGAGCAGAAGGCCCAGGACCUGGGGGAGCUCCUGGCCACGGCGGGGCAGGAGCAGCAGAGCCUGGCACAGAAGCUGACCAAGGAGCACAGGCUGGAGCAGCAGGAAGCUGCAGAGCGGGAGUCUAAACUGCUCAGAGACCUGUCUGCUGCCAACGAGAAGAACCUGCUUCUGCGAAACCAGGUGGACGAGCUGGAGCGGAAAGUGAAGUCGCAGCAGGACCAGCUGUUCCUGACCAAGCAGGAGCUGACCAACACGGCGGCCGAGCUGAAGCUGCGGGCCGUGCAGGCCGAGGAGCGCCUGGAGCUGGAGAAGAGGAGGUCCCGGCAGAGCCUGGAGGACGCAGAGCAGCUGCGCAUCAAGGAGGUGGAGCACAUGGCCCGCCACCUGGAGGAGAGCGAGCGGGCCCUGCAGGAGCGGGUGCAGAGGCUGGAGGCCGCGCGGCUGUCCCUGGAGGAGGAGCUGAGCCGAGCGAAGGCGGUGGCUCUCAGUGAGCGCGGCCAGGCGGAGGAGGAGCUCAUCAAGGCCAAGAACCAAGUCCGCCUGGAGGAGCAGCAGCGCCUGGUGCACCUGGAGGAGAAGCUGCGGCUGCUGGCGCAGGCGCGGGACGAGGCGCAGGGCACCUGCCUGCAGCAGAAGCAGAUGGUGGCGGAGGCCCAGGCGCGGGGCAGCCAGCUAGGCCUGCAGGUGGAGGCGCUGAGGCGGCGCCUGGAGGAGCUGCAGCAGGAGCUGAGCAACAAGGACCAGGAAAAGGUGGCGGAGGUGACCAGGGUGCGGGUGGAGCUCCAGGAGCAGAACGGCCGCCUGCAGGCGGAGCUGGCCGCCCAGGAGGCGCUGAAGGAGAAGGUGGCAGCCCUGGAGCGGCAGCUGAGAGUGACGGCGAGUGGCCACCGGGAGGCGCUGCUGGACCGGGAGAGCGAGAACGCCUGCCUCCGCGAGAAGCUGCGGCUCCGGGAGGCGGAGAUCGCGCGCAUCCGGGAGGAGGAGGCCCAGAGGGCCAGCUUCUUGCAAAGCGCGGUCCUGGCCUACGUGCAGGGGUCCCCCGUGAGGGCCCUGAGCCCCCAGAAGUGAGGGGCAGCGGGGAGACCCAGGAGCGGCAGGACGGUGGCGUCUUGGCCGUGCCGGGCGAGCUGUGCAGCUGGUGCCGAGAAAUCAGUGCCAAGUCGGUCGGCGCCUCGGCUCACCUUCGGGCGGCCUGGGCGGCCAGCGGGCGGGAGUGGCCAGCGCCCCUCCCCUACUCCGCCGCCCCACCCCGGACACGUGCGCCUGCGAAAACGUGCGGGCGAUGGAAGGAAAUUCGGGGGCAGAGCCCUCCCAGCCUCCCUCCUGGCGCCCGCACCGCCUUCUGCAGUGUAACCGCGACGGCAGCGGCUGUUGUGAAAUAAAGAACUUUUUCACUUUGUGGUACA